AUGAAUUUCCUUUCUUGUAUCAAGAAGACCCUUGAUUUGUCCCUGCAAGACAUUGGGUGGGUGGGGACUUGUCCCUCGGGGGCCACCUUCAUGUCCUUGCCAGGGGUCGUCCUGCUGUGGCCUGGGUUGCAUUUCAAUACAACUCCAGCCUGGAAUGAGAAGGGUCCCAGGUUUCAUGUCCAAGACCCAGAAAGGCGGAAUCCCCCAAAUCGACUGCAGGAGGUUUUUGGUUCCCCCUUUUGUUCCAGAACCUUCCUGCCUCUCGCUUCGGGACAGGGGGCCUUUGGGUGGCACUGGUGUGCACUGGGACCCAGCCCCAGCCUGGCAGGAUUCAGGGAUGGGGGCCUGGGGGCCUGGGGGGAGGGAAGCGGGGACGCUCUUCUGGAGCUCUCCACGGCUGCCGUCCCUGGCCUCAAACCCUCCUCCGGCAGCCCCUUUUUUAAACCUUUAAAAAAAAAAAAAAAAGGUCUCCCCUCCAAGCCAUCCCUGGCCUCCCCGUACCUGCCUGAGGGGACCUCCAAACCACUGUCCGACAAGCCCAUCAAAGCACUGGUGUACAUGCCACACCCCGAGUCCCUCUCAAAACCAUCUCCCUGUCUGGUGGGGGAGGCAACGAAACCGUCAGCCCCAUCCGAGGGGUCCCCGAAGGCCGUGGCUUCGUCCCCAGCAGCCACCAACUCCGAGGUGAAAAUGACCAGCUUUGCGGAACGCAAGAAACAGCUGGUGAAGGCAGAGGCUGAGGCUGGAGCAGGGUCCCCCACGUCCACUCCGGCCCCGCCGAAGGCCCUGAGUUCAGAGAUGAGUGAGCUUGGUGCCCAGCUGGAGGAGAAACGCAGAGCCAUUGAGGCUCAGAAGCGACGGAUUGAGGUCAUCUUCGGCAAGCACCGCCAGCAGCUGGGCAAAAGCGCCUUCCUACAGGUGCAGCCAAAGGAGGCUUCUGGGGAGGCGGAGGCCGAGGCCGACCCAGGCCCAGUCCCUGGUGGGGAACGGCCGGCGGGCGAGGGCCAGGGUGAGCCAACUUCACGGCCCAAGGCAGUGACCUUCUCGCCAGACCUGGGUCCACUGCCCCCCGAGGGGCUGGGGGAAUACAAUCGAGCGGUCAGCAAGCUGAGUGCUGCUUUGAGCUCGCUGCAGCGGGACAUGCAGAGGCUCACGGACCAGCAGCAGCGGCUCCUGGCCCCGCCGGAGGCCCCUGGACCCGCCCCGCCCCCUGCUGCAUGGAUCAUCCCUGGCCCCACGACGACGGGGCCAAAAGCUUUGUCCCCCAGCCCCGCCCGGCGAGUCCCGGCCACUCGGCGCAGCCCUGGACCCGGGCCCAGCCAGUCACCCCAAAGCCCGAAACACACCCAGCCGGCGGAGCUGCGGCUGGCGCCCCUGACCAGGAUGCUCACACCACCCCACGACGUAGACAGCCUCCCCCACCUGCGCAAGUUCUCCCAGAGCCAGGUGCCUGUGCAGACGCACUCCUCCAUCCUCCUGGCAGAGGGGAUGCCCCACGAUGAGCCAGCCGCCCGGCCCGGCCUCAUCGAGAUCCCGCUGGGCAGCCUGGCAGAUCCCGCCGCUGAGGAAGAGGGAGACGGGAGUCCCCCUGAUGCUGAGGAUUCCUUGGAAGAGGAGGCGUCUUCAGAGGGGGAGCCCCGAGCAGGGCUGGGGUUCUUCUACAAGGAUGAAGACAAGCCUGAGGACGAGAUGGCUCAAAAGCGGGCCAGCCUGCUGGAGCGGCAGCAGCGGCCAGCGAGGAGGCGCAAGCAGUGGCAGGAAGCGGAGAAGGAACCGCGGAGGGAGGAGGCCGCGAGGCUGGCCCAUGAGGAGGCCCCUGGCCCAGCACCAGCCGUGUCCACAGUCCCUGCAGCCCCCAUGGCUACCCCGGCACCUGCUGCCCGGGCUCCAGCCUAGGAGGAGGUGGGCCCCCGGCGGGGGGACUUCACGCGGCUGGAGUACGAGCGCCGGGCCCAGCUGAAGCUGAUGGGCGACCUUGAUAAGGUGCUGCGGCCCCGGGCUGCGGGGUCCGGGGGCCCGGGUCGGGGCGGGCGGAGGGCGCCCCGGCCUCGCUCAGGUUGCUGUGACGACUCGGCUCUGGCGCGAAGCCCAGCACGCGGCCUGCUGGGCUCUCGGCUGAGCAAAAUCUAUUCCCAGUCCACCCUGUCACUGUCCACUGUGGCCAACGAGGCCCCCAAUAACCUCGGGGUGAAGAGGCCCACGUCUCGGGCUCCCUCCCCAUCGGGCCUCAUGUCCCCAAGCCGCCUGCCUGGGAGCCGUGAACGGGACUGGGAGAAUGGCAGCAAUGCCUCCUCCCCAGCUUCGGUGCCUGAGUACACAGGUCCACGGCUGUGCAAGGAGCCUAGUGCCAAGUCCAACAAGUUCAUCAUCCACAACGCCCUGUCACACUGCUGCCUGGCAGGAAAGGUGAACAAACCGCAGAAGAACCGCAUUCUGGAGGAAAUUGAGAAAAGCAAGGCCAACCACUUCCUGAUCCUCUUUCGUGACUCGAGCUGCCAGUUCCGGGCGCUCUACACACUGUCAGGGGAGACGGAGGAGCUGUCGCGGCUGGCGGGCUUCGGGCCCCGGACCGUCACACCCGCCUUGGUGGAAGGCAUCUACAAGUACAACUCGGACCGCAAGCGCUUCACCCAGAUCCCCGCCAAGACCAUGUCCAUGAGCGUUGAUGCCUUCACCAUCCAGGGACACCUCUGGCAGGGCAAGAAACCCACCACUCCCAAGAAGGGCGGCAGCACCCCAAAUAGCCCCACUCGGCGCUGGGCCCCGUGUGCUGCGGCCGCCGCCUCCCAGAGGACAGUGAGUGGGUAUUCCUGGGUCCUGUCUGUCCCCAGCUGUGUCUGGGUGGGGCUGGAGCCUCCACCCUCUGACUUUGAGUCCAGUCCUGCUGUGGGGGCUGAGCUGGGAGGUUCAGGGACUCAGGGCUCAGCGGGCUCAGCUCAGUCCCCUUGUCUGUCCUCCCCCACUUCUUGAAUAAAAUAAU